AUGGCAGCUAUUCUACAUUCCAAUGUGAAGUCAGAGUUUCCAUCACGAGAGUUUGUGAAGCUCCAAUCCAACCCUAUGUUUGGGGCUCUGCGCGACACCCUGAUGCGUGAUGUACAGACCUCGCCCAUGCCUGUGAGCUUGAUCAAGACAGAGCCUGAAAACAAUGAUACUGACGAUACACUAGAUGCUAACAUGGUUGCCAUACAAGAAGCCAACUUGAUGUCAGAUUUUCAGCAGAUUUUACCCUCGGGGAAUGAGAAAGUUCUUGAACUUCAGGAAUUUUAUCGCAAUCAGUGUUCAAGCAUUGAGAAUGAAAGAAAUCAGGCAAUUCAAGACUUGAAGGAAAACAACAUGCUGAGUGUUUCGCAAUAUCAGCGUGAGUUAAAUAAGAUCCAUGUUCAUCAUGAUCAGCAGCGAAUGCACCUGACCAAUCGUGUGACGGCAAGCCUGGAACUGUUGAAACUCAGCAUUCCGUCUGCUGCCGAGGUUUCAAGCUCUAAGAAUAAGAGUCGUCAGUUAAAUUCUAGGGCGGUUGACAUUAUGACCGACUGGUAUGAGAAACACAUUGACCAUCCUUACCCAACUGAUGAAGAGAAAGUAGUUAUUGCCAAUCAUGGCGGUUUAUCAUUGUCACAAGUGAAAGCGUGGUUCGCCAACAAGAGGAAUCGCUCAAACAACACAAAGCCGAAGAAACAAAAGAUCCAGGUCGAGAAGAAACUUCUGAGUAUUUGUACUGAACUGUCAGGUGGUCAGCAGGCUCGGCCGAGACUGUAUGGUGACAUCAUCAAGCAGCUUAGUGAUAUUGUGAAUACUUCACACGCGUUCAACAAAGGGUCAGGGAGACUUUCAGACUCGUACAACUCCAGUGGGGAUGAGCUGGAAAGCUUCUGUAGCGACUAG